AUGACCCCAAAUGUUCCAUCUAUACCGGCGCCUCGGUCACUGGCAAUUUCAGUGCUUGAAAAUAAUAUGAUCAAAUCUCACGGAGAAUUUGAUUGCGAUGAUGUAAGCUGGGCAUAUAGCUUUGACCCCAACUCACCUAAUAAAGAUUUGGGUGACUGGAAGAAAAUGCCUCUUGAAAUCAAUUCAAAAGGUGAGCUCAGAGCUCAUGAUUCGGCAGUGAUUGUCCCAAAUGUACAGCAAUGCAUUGUUGGAACAUUUCCAGGCCACCUCAUUUUGAAACUAGGCAUCACGACACAGAAGGUGCUGUAUUUCCGCUUACCAUCAUAUAAGGUUUACUCCGAUUUGCUUGCCUGUCUUAUGUCAUGGCAAAAUUUAAAGCCGAAAGGACUUAUUUCCAAGUGGAAUUUUUCACGAUCAAUAGUCUAUGAUAAGCAUCUGCAGGCCAAUGAUGUUUUGAUUUGUAGAUUCAAAGUCUACGGACCUUUACCUAGUAAUAAGAAGGUUGCUGUUGAUAGUAGACUGCCAAAGAUGUCUUCUUACCCUAUAGAUUCCGAGUCUGAUGUAGAGGAAGGUUGGUUUACUGCUAUUGGACAUUUAAUGCCGAACGGUAUUCUUACUUUGCUCUGUGAAACUGAUGGUUCUGCCAUUUAUUCAAUAAAUGUUGCUUCUCUUUUUUCAUCUGAGGUUCGAAAGGUCCACAGUUCCGUUGUUCAGACAAAUAACGUCUUGUUUGUUGGAGUCAUCAACGAGUUGAGAGUGCUGCAUGGUGUUUCGGAUGAUUUUAUGUCAAAUGGCAGCUUUUUGAUUCCUCCCAAAGGUGCAAAUAGUUCUGAAACAAAGCGUUUGUCUUCAGCAUCGCGUGUUUUGCUCGAUUUUGACCUUUGCAUAGAUCUUGAAGAUUGGUAUGUGGCACUGAAGUCUGUUACAGCACUGGAAUACGUUGGUAACACAUUAUACGAGAAGAAGUUACGUCUGGUUAGAAACGUCAAUCUUGAAAUUUUGGAAGCAACAUUUGAGGAUGAUACCAUCUGUAAAGAGCAUCCAAAUAUAUACUGUGAGCUUGUUAUGUGGGGAGCUCCUUGGUUCAAAACAUCUGUUGUCAAGGCAUCAGAAAUUUCUAAUUGCUUUUGGAAGGAAAGUUUGAAUCUUUCGCUUCCAUGUGGAUCUGAUUAUUUCAAAAUUCUUUUGAAGACUUCCAAAAGCGCAGACUACUAUGAUGUAGAAGGUGUCAAUAAAGAUGGUAUUGUGGGGGAGUGCUUUAUUACUCCGAAUUUCUUUGAGAGUGACCAGUUUCUGACGAAAGUCCGAUUUUCGAUUCCGAAAGCAACGUCAUUGGUCAAUUAA